AGGACCGGAGCGGUCACACCCCUCAUUUGCACAGCCGGCUCCACUUGUCCCUCUCAUAUGAAACUCACCUGACAGGCUUCUCCGCAAAUGAAGAAAGAAUGCGUCCGGAAGAGCAGGCUAAGAAACAAACAUCGAAAAUAAGUAGACGGAAACUCACUCAGUUGGUCGCUGCAUCAGAAAUAGGCUACUGCUGGUACUCCCACGCAACCAUAACACAAAGAGGUUAAACACUACAGGACCAGAGCAUUGUGCUGUGUCGCGCUUCUUUCCUAGAGGAUGGAGAGGGGGAAGGAGAUAGAGGAUGGAGAGUAUGAGGAGUACGUGUGGAGGCGAAGACAGAGUUCAAGAAUGCUGCAGGGGAUGCUAAAACGUGUUGGCCACGUGCCGUUCCACCCAAUCCAGGAGAUGGAUGGAGCAGUGGGUGGAGCAGAAGAAACUAAAGCGCUCCACCCUGCUCUCAGCAAGAUGAAACCAGAGACCUUCCAGACCACACCCUCUGACUCCAAACAUGACCUCUUCCAGACCACACCCUCUGACUCCAAAUAUGACAUCUUUAAGACCACACUAUCUGACUCCAAACAUGAUCUCUUCCAGACCACACCCUCUGAUUCCAAACAUGACCUCUUCCAGACCACAUCCUCUGACUCCAAACAUGACCUCUUCCAGACCACACCCUCUGACUCCAAACAUGACCUCUUCCAGACCGCACCCUCUGACUCCAAACAUGACCUCUUCCAGACCACACCCUCUGACUCCAAAUAUGACAUCUUUAAGACCGCACCCUGUGACUCCAAGCAUGACCUCUUCCAGACCACACCCUCUGACUCCAAAUAUGACAUCUUUAAGACCACACCCUCUGACUCCAAGCAUGACCUCUUCCAGACCACACCCUCUGACUCCAAACAUGACCUCUUCCAGACCACACCCUCUGACUCCAAAUAUGACAUAUUUAAGACCGCACCCUCUGACUCCAAAUAUGACCUCUUCCAGACCACAUCCUCUGACUCCAAACAUGACCUCUUCCAGACCACACCCUCUGACUCCAAAUAUGACCUCUUCCAGACCACACCCUCUGACCCCAAACAUGAUCUCUUCCAGACCACACCCUCUGACUCCAAAUAUGACAUCUUUAAGACCGCACCCUCUGACUCCAAACAUGACUUCUUCCAGACCACACCUUCUGACUCCAAGAAUGAGCUCUUCCAGACCACACCCUCUGACUCCAAAUAUGACAUCUUUAAGACCACACCCUCUGACUCCAAAUAUGACCUUUUCCAGACCACACCCUCUGACUCCAAGCAUGAUCUCUUCCAGACCACACCCUCUGACUCCAAACAUGACCUCUUUAAGACCACACCCUCUGACUCCAAACAUGACCUCUUCCAGACCGCACCCUCUGACUCCAAACAUGACCUCUUUAAGACCCCACUCCCAAAACUGAAGGAGAAUGGACAUAUCACGGCGAAUGGGAGUAGGAGUCCUGACUUGAAAUCUACGCGCAACAAGGACCAUGAAUCCUGGGAUAGUAAGGAAUACCCUGUGUAUCAGAACGUCUUCCUCAUCGGAGAGGAGAAAUGUGUGGAAGAUUGGCCGGAGGACAGUCCGGAGCUCUGUCCUGAUUGGAAGCCGCCUGGCAGAUUAAGACUGAGAAGAGAGUCUAUGAAGGUUCUGUCAGGGACACGGAUGGAAUGGGGAAACCAGGACCCGAUGGAGAACAAUGCUGAGAAUAAUUACAAAGCCAAGAAAAGCAGAAGGUUCACCUUGCCAAUUCCCACACGAAGACAAUCAAAGAAUGAAGCUGAACUCGUACAGAAAGGUGCAGAUCUCUUCAAAGGGAGAGAGGGAGAGGAGGAUGAGCAGGAUGUGGCAGAGGAGUAUAGGCUGCAGAGACAAAAGAGAGGGAAGAAAUUCAGAAUCACCUUCCUGCAGCGCAGAGAUUCAAAGGGAGCUACAUUACCUGAGACUCCCCCUGGAGCUACCUGCAAGAACUAUCACCUGUCUGAGGCAGCAGAGAAUGAAGCUGAACUCGUACAGAAAGGUGCAGAUCUCUUCAAAGGGAGAGAGGGAGAGGAGGAUGAGCAGGAUGUGGCAGAGGAGUAUAGGCUGCAGAGACAAAAGAGAGGGAAGAAAUUCAGAAUCACCUUCCUGCAGCGCAGAGAUUCAAAGGGAGCUACAUUACCUGAGACUCCCCCUGGAGCUACCUGCAAGAACUAUCACCUGUCUGAGGCAGCAGAGAAUGAAGCUGAACUCGUACAGAAAGGUGCAGAUCUCUUCAAAGGGAGAGAGGGAGAGGAGGGUGAGCAUGAUGUGGCAGAGGAGUAUAGGCUGCAGAGACAAAAGAGAGGGAAGAAAUUCAGAAUCACCUUCCUGCAGCGCAGAGAUUCAAAGGGAGCUACAUUACCUGAGACUCCCCCUGGAGCUACCUGCAAGAACUAUCACCUGUCUGAGGCAGCAGAGGCAGAGUGGUUGUCUGCUCAGAGGGACGAGAGCUUGGUAAACGGAGGGAAGGUGGAGGAGACUGGAGGAAUGGAGGAUGGGGACACUGACAGCCUGAUGGAGUGGUGGAACACAGUGGAACAGUGGGAUGAACUUCCCUCAGAUGAUGAAGACUGGGUGGGAGACGGCGAGGUGAAGGAGCUGAAGGUGCUGGCGGAGAAGGUGCAGAAGGGCAUUCAUGUCUUUAACAAGGUCUUCAUGGAGCAGGCAGAGGGUCUUUGGCAGCACAUCAUCGACCUCAACGCCAUCGCAGAGAACAUCAAUGAGUUCCACAAGAAAGCCAAGAUCGCCUCCAUCACGGGGGGCACCACCAGCGCCGUGGGAGGGGUCACUGCCAUCGCCGGCCUGGCUCUGGCUCUGGUCACUCUGGGGGCGUCUCUGAUCAUCACGGCUGUGGGGAUAGGCGUGGCCACCGCCGGGGGGCUCACCUCCGCCUCCGCCUCCAUCUCCGACUCCGUCCACAACUCCCAGGACCGCAAGAAGGUGGAGAGGAUCGUUGAGGACUACCAGACCAAGAUGGCCGACAUUAGCAAGUGCCUGCGCUAUGUGCAGCAGGGCCUGGAGAAGCUCCUGGCCUACAACCUGCUGAAGAUGGACUUGGCGGGAGAGCAGGGGCUGGGGCUCAGCAGGGCGGUGCAGAUGGCCAGUGAGGCCAGCGGUGCCAGCGAGCGGGCGGUGCAGCUCAGCAGCCAGGUCAGCACCGUGCUGACGGGGCUGUUCCAGGGCAUGGACGACUACUACAUGGACAAGGACUCCCGGGAGCUAAAGAAAGGCUGCAAGACGGAGUUCGCUGCUAAGAUACGGGAGGUGGCAAACCGGCUGCAUGAGGCACUGGUGGAGCUCAACAGCAUCCGAGAGGAGCUGCAGGACACAGUUUAUAACAUCUGAACUCCCUUUCCCACAAUCCCCUUCUUCACUUGCUCCCCCAAUGUUCUCUUCUGAACUCCCUUUCCCACAAUCCUCUUCUUCACUCGUUCCCCCAAUGUUCUCUUCUGAACUUCCUUUCCCACAAUCCCCUUCUUCACUCACUCCACCCUUGUUCUCUUCUGAACUCCAUUUCCCACAAUCCCUUUCUUCACUCCCUUUCCCACAAUCCUCUUCUUUACUUGCUCGCCCACUGUUCACUUCUGCACUCACUUUCCCACAAUGCCCUUCUACACUCACUUUUCCACAAUGCUCUUCUUCACUCACUUUCCCACAAUCCUCUUCUUCACUUGCUCCCCCACUGUUCACUUCUGCACUCACUUUCCCACAAUGCCCUUCUGCACUCACAUUUCCCACAAUGCUCUUCUGCACUCACUUUUCCACAAUCCUCUUCUUCACUUGCUCCCCAUUGUUCUCUUCUGAACUUACUUUCCCAUAAUCCUCUUUUCCAUUUGCUUUCCCACAAUCCUCAGAAAAUCUGAUCCAUCUGAGGCACCCCCGGCUAUUUAUUUUUACCAGUACCUGAGACACAGCGAUACACACACAUAAUGCAGCACUAAUGAUGAUAUUUUCUUGUAGGAGAUGUUUAUUAGUCAUGUAAUUUUUGUAUAUAGCUUAUACAUGUGUAACAUAAACUCUAAUAAAAGCCAGCAGACCCUCCAGCACACCCCCAGUACUGAAUAGAGACAAAAAAGUGCAUCACGUGUUGCAUUGAAUUCUCUGUUAGUCCUACUGUAACCUUUGUACUGUCAUUUGUGGCAGUUUACUGUACUGCAAGAAGCCUUAAAACAGGACAUAACCACUGGUGCACAUCACCACAGUUUUGCACUGAUUUUUAAAACCAGUAUUUUGUAUUAUAUGGGGUGAUGUGCAGAGGCUAUCUGUUCUGUCACUUGAAUACUGUGCCUAGCUAAUGCUGACAUGGUUGAUAAGUUUCACUGUAAAUCACACCAGUCUGUUCGGGUGAAACCGAGUGAGAAAGUCCCGCCUUCUCCUUCCCCAUUUGGGCAGGAAACUGUUACUCCAGAAACAAACUGAUUAGAGUAAUCUGAACGUCCAUGCGGUGUGUAGCAAGGUUCCCAAGCUGAGCAGGCCAGUGUGAUUCAGGGUUGGCCACAGAAAAUGUAUUCCUCAUAAAAUGGAUCCUGAGCUCUGACAGUUUGGAAACAGUUGGGCACAAAAUAAAGACAGAAAGAUGAUUGCAGACGGUGUGGCUCCAGUUAGGGUUAGCUCCAUGGGAACCUUCUGUUCAUUUUAUCUGUGGAUGCAUGUUGACCAUAAUAUGGGUGAGUGCGAGCACAGAACAUUGCCACCAGAUGGCGGUGUGCUGUUGUUUCUUGCAAAGCUGGUGUGUGUGAGAGGCAGAAGGAAGACAGAGAUGUGAAUACACAAAUGUGUGUGUGUGCUUGUGUGUGUAGGUAUGUAUGUGUCUGCGUGCAUUUAUAAAUGUGGACCAAAAUAAAGAAUUAAAAUGUGUGUGUGCAUGUGUGUGAGAGUGUGUGUACUUAUGUACGUAUGUACGUGUGUACCUGUAUGUGUGAGAGUGUGUGUGUGUAUGAGUAUAUGUGGGUGUGUGGGUGUGUGUGUGUGUGUGUGUGUGUGUGGACCAGGGCUGUUUUCUCCUGCUGAGAUUUUAAGUAUUCCUUUCUAUCACAUAAAACAUGUCUCAUUUGUGUAUUUAGUUACUCCAUGAAAUGGAUUUAUGAAAUAUGUGCAGUACUGAUUAAAAUAAAUGUAGUCUGAUAUUAAA